UCAGUGUCUGUUGACGAAUUUCCCCACAAAUCAUUAUCACUCAAUUCUGCAAGUGGUUCUAAUUUACUAUCGCUGUUCUCUAGCUGGUCUAAAACUGCUUUUGACCUAAAAGGGAUGCUUUUUGGACGCCAUGGACUUUUCUCAGUUUCCAGGCAGAAAGAACAGUAAAAAUGCAGGCAGGGCACAGGACAAAGCAGUAGGGACAAAAUGUAUGUGAAAUGGUUUGAUACAAUAAUAUUAUACUAUGUGAUUUUAGUGUAUUGAGUGAAUGUCACAUUUUUAAAUUUUUUAAUUUCCUGCCGGUUCCAUCGGCCAAAGGAGAUGGCCGGAGACACUGCAGGGGGGACAUCGCCGGAGCAAAGGACAAGCAACGCUGCAGGGUA